AUGUCGUUCCCCGUACCACCAGCGGGUGCCAAGGGCGCCCUUGACUCUGCCACUCCUCUGCCCGUGGUAGUCGAAGAAGCCACGGCAGCCUGGUUCAGCCAGAUCCUCGGCCGCCCUGUCGCCACCGCGGAGCUGGUCGAGGCCAUCCACGGAACAGCAAGCAAGCUGCGUUACAAGCUCACAUACGAGGACAGCAGCGAUGCCGCCACGCUGCCCACGCACGUCUGCAUCAAGGGCGGCUUCAACCCCGCCAUCAUCAAGCUGCACCCCACCUUGAACGCCGUCUACCGCCGCGAGGCCGAGUUCUUCUACCACAUCGCCCCGACCGUGUCGAUGCGCCUACCGCCCGCCUGGUACAGCGGCAGCGAUACCGUCACGGGCCAGGGCAUCGUGGUGUUCGACGACCUCAAAGCCAAGGGCUACAGCUUCGGCAACCCAAUCGAGGCCUGGCCCGUCGAGCGCGUGCGCGCCGGCGUCGAGGAGCUCGCCAUGCUGCACGCGAAGACGUGGGGGGCGAAGGAGGCGGACUUCCCUUGGCUCAAGGAGGGCCUCUCCCUGCGCGAGGUCAUCCUCUCCCUGAUGACCGAGGUCGCGUGGGCGGGGCGCUUCCUCGACGAGGCGGCCAAGCCACCCGUCUCGGACGAUCUGAUCGAUCGCGAGCGGUGGAUCCGGGCGUUCAAGACGCUGUGGACGACCACGAACCAGGAGCACUUGGUCGUCGCGCACGGCGACACCCACAUCGGCAACACCUUCAUCACCCCCGCCGGCGAGCCGGGCUUCCUCGACUGGCAAGGCCUGCACGCUAACUCGUUCCUCCACGACGUCACCUACUUUGUCGUGGGCGCGCUGACCGUCGAGGACCGGCGCGCGAACGAGGUCGAGCUGUUUGAGCAUUAUCUGGCCAAGCUGCACGAGGCCGGCGGGCCCAAGCUGGAGAAGGCGGCUCUUUGGGAUGACUACCGGAAGCAUCACGUCCAUGGUUUCGCCUGGGCUCUGGCGCCGCCACUGAUGCAGCCCAAGGACAUCGUUGACGCCAUGACUGUGAGGCACAUGGCGGCCAUCGUCGACCACAAGAGUCUAGAACUGCUGGAAAGCCUCCCCGGGUAUGUCACGGAGGUGUAA